UUACAGAACUCUAUGUUAAUAACGUUCACGUCGGUAACUGGCAAAUAUAAUACAAUCAUUUGUGUUAUUCACAAUAAAAUAUAAUAUAUUGUAUCUUGGUGUGUGCAAAUAAAAGCAGAAUUUCAUUAAAUAUGAAUGAAAAAAGUGAAAUUCAAAGAAACCCAAAUAAAAGAAAGAGAAAGAAGUCAUUCUUAAAAAAUGCACGAAAAUAUGCUAAAAAAGGACAUUUUGGUUGUGGGAGUCGACUGGAAAGUGAUACAUACGACUAUUUUGUCAAAAUAAUGGAAGUGUUCAGAGAAGGAUUCGAUAAUGAUGAAGAUAAAAGAAUAUUUGUGGAUAAUGUUUUCCAACAAACUGACAACCAGGAAAUUCAAUGUAGUUGUAAUCAAGUAGGCUGUAGGGUCAUAGAAAUGUUGUUACCAUUCGCAAAUGACAAUGUAAUGAAAAAAUAUAUGGAUAGCUUUGGUAAUGAAUUACGUCCACUUUGCUGUGAUAAAUUUGCCAGUCAUGUACUGGAAGAACUGGUCACGCAGAGUUGUGCACGUUCCACUCAAAGUAAUGAUAUGAAAGAAGAAUACAAGGAAUUCACAUUGAAAAUAAGCAAAUUUUUACUUAAUAAUCUCGAAGAUUAUAUUUGGGACACUAAUGGAAAUCACAUCAUGAGAACUUGUUUACAAAUUUUCUCCAACAUACCUAAGGAUGACCCUAAGUCCAAAGAUAGUGGAAAAAAUUCUAAAAAGGAAAUAGAAGAAGCUCCAAUUGUUCCUGAAUAUGCUGAUGUUGUCAUUGAGUAUGGAGAACGUCUUCUGACUUGGCCACAGUUUCCUGAUCUCUGUAAAAAUGAAAAGACUUCAGGUUUUCUUCAAAUUCUUCUAAAAGCUUUGAACAAACUAAGUCCUAAACUUCUUAAAAAGUAUAUGAAGAAACUUUUGGAGUGUUUCACACCGGAGGAUGAAAACAAAGACUCAAAUAAAUUAUUACCAGUCUUUCUAGCAACAAGCUCUAUAAUGGUUCUAGAAACUUAUUUGCAGGUUGCCCCACAAAAAUACCUAUCAAAAAUUUAUGUAAAAUGUUUUGCUGGAAAAUUAUUCAAAUUAUCCACUAUAAGAAACACUAACUUUGCUGUACAAAAACUAAUCACCCAUUGUCAAGAAAAGAGUGAGUUUGAAUCGAUUUUUGAUGAAUUGGCAGAUCAUUUUGCCAACAUUAUUCAGGAAGGACACACAGGAAUAAUAUGGGCCAUUGCUGAUGGAUGCAAAAGAUUAUCUUCGAAACAAGGUCCAUUUGUGAAUAGUCUUAUGAAGGCAUUUAAUUGCUUGGAGCCAGAAACAAGACAAUCCUCACUUAUUAUUUGUUUGGCAAGAAUGAAAACAUUCGAGGACUGUGCUUCAUCCAGUUUGAGCAAUGAAGAACUGCAAAAAACUAGACUCAAUUUGCAUGGAACACUAAUACUUCAAAUUCUGCUGGAAUUCAAUAAACCAAUAAAAAUUGUCAAUAGUAUACUUGGAAAUGGCCGGAUAAAGCUUGGGAACGCAUUCAUAUCGAUUUUUGCGGACCGUUUUUGGGAAAAUUUUUUUUGGUAAUUGUGGAUGCUCAUUCCAAAUGGAUCGAAGUUUUUAUAAUGUCUAAAAUAACAGCAUCAGAAACUAUAAGAACCUUACGCUAUACUUUCGCUCGUUUUGGAUUACCAAAAAUAUUAGUGUGUGACAAUGGUCCACAAUUCGAUUGUCAUGAGUUUAAACAAUUUUUAUACAAAAAUCGUAUAAAUUUAAUAUUUACACCUCCAUACCAUCCGCAAUCCAACGGAGAAGCAGAGUCAUCAGUUAAAAUUAUAAAGAAAGCUUUAUUGAAAAAUUUGCAUGAAAAUGUUGGUAAAGAUUUGGAUUUGGUUCUCUGUAAUUUCUUAUUUGACUAUUG